UUUCGCGGCAAGCAUCGCGUGCGGUUGUGGCGUGCGGCGGCUCGCAUCGCAGUUCGCAGUCAUUCGAAGCACUUCACGCAGCAAGAGAGAGAGAAGCGUGGCGUACAGGCGAAGGUGGUCGCUGUGCUCUUGGACGUUGAAACGACUGUAUUUCCUUUGUGUGCACAACAAUGAGCAAAGUUAAGGAGUCUCCCGCGACCGACAAUGAAGCGGAAGAGGAGUUCAGUGUGGAGAAGGUCUUGGACAGAAGAGUUGUGAAAGGAAAAGUGGAAUAUUUCUUAAAAUGGAAAGGCUACUCAAACGACGAGAAUACAUGGGAACCAGAAGAGAAUUUGGACUGCCCGGAUCUGAUCGCUCAGUUCGAAGAGCAGCGAAAGAAGAAGGAGGCAGCUGCAUCUGGCAAACGCCACGAGGAGAAGGAACAGAAGAAGCGAAAAAGUAAUAACACCCCGACGCCCACUCAAGCUAAGAAAAAGGCAGCGGUGGAAGAAAAGAAGUUGGAAGGUAAAGGAUUUGACAGAAAUCUGGAUCCCGAACGUAUUAUCGGCGCGACGGAUUCCAGCGGCGAACUGAUGUUCCUAAUGAAAUGGAAAGGAACGGAUGACGCGGAUCUGGUACCCGCGCGCAUCGCUAACGAGAAGUGCCCACAGAUCGUGAUCAAAUUUUACGAGGAGCGACUCACGUGGCAUAGCCCGGCCCACGACGAAGAAAAUACGAAACCUGACCCGGAGUAGCGCACAGCGUUCCUUCGUGAUUUAUUUUUAUUAUUAAAAAUUAUUCCAUAAUUAUCUUAGUUAUUUACGAGUUUUCUAACUUUUGUAGAGGAAAAAUAAACGUAAGAUUUUUCGAAAGUUUAAAAGAAAGAAGAAAGCCACAUUACUACACUACUCGUACACUUGUCACCACUGAUCAAUGAUAUAUCUAUUUUCGAAUAAUAAUUAGACGAUUCACUGAUGUGCAUUUCAAAAUGUUGCUUUUAAUAGUAAUAGUAUCUUUAUGAACUUGUAUAUUAAUUAACGAUAUUUUUAUGUUUUCAAAUAGCUACUUUGAUCUUUUUGUGUGUACUAAAUGGUCAUACAAAAAGUUAAAAAUUGUUGCACCUAUGCGAACUACCUGUUCCUUUAACAGCGAUCAACUAUUCAAAAGAUGCGCAAUUUACGAACCUCCAAAGUUCAAAUGAAUGUAUAAAGCAUAAAAUUAUAUAACAUGUAAUUAAAUCAGUUUAUUGGCAGGGAAGAAAUUAAAAAAACGCAGAGAAAAAUAAUUUUUUUUUUAUAAAUGCUGGAUUGGUUGUUCCAGUCAAUUAAUACGAGACUGCUAGUUCGAUUGCAAUUGCCUCUAAGCUUGUAAAACAAAAUAAUAAAUUUUAUAAUUUGCAAUAAUAAUGUAGAUAAGUUCUCGCGAAUUAGUUACUUCUUUUUUUCACACGUGUAUGCCGCUAAAUACAGUGUAUCUGUAAACUGAUAAAAAUAAGUCAUGGAGGAAUCACAAUAAUCUGUUUGACAUCGUCAUUUCACUGAUUUUAUGUAUUAAAAAUUUGAAAAUAUGAUUUGAUAUCUUUCUGGUUCACAUUAAUUAAAGUAUAGGUAUAUUGUUAGCUGAAUCACACUUUGUAUCAAAAGGAAAAUUAUCGAAAAAUGUUUAUAUUAGACACAAACUGUUAUGUGCAAUGACGAUGUAUGAGCGAAUUAUAAUGAUUAACACAUUCUUGCGUAUUGUAACGAUUAACACAUUCUUGCAAAAAAAUCGUACGAGAAGACGAGUGCUUUUUAUAUAAAUGCUGAUGAUUAAGCGUCAUCCGUUUUAAACUACUUCAUAUUUGUUUAUAGCAUUGCCUUCGAAUUAAAACGGAAAUAAGACAUUGGGAAAAGGUUUAUUGUAAACAAAAAUAUAAAAUUGUCUAUGAAAUGCGUUUAUUACA